AUGGCCGACCUUCUGACUACUUACAAUCCCACGAAAGUUCUUCUUCAAAUCGAACCGAAUCUUUCCGAUGGCACCUUUAAUGGUCGCGUCAAGAUCGACUAUUCGUUCACCGAAGAGACUAACGAAUUAAAGAUCUAGGCUUCUCGUGACCUCCAGUUCACCUCGGUCCGAGUCGCCAGAUUCUACGAAUUCAACGAGGGAUACCCUGUUUGUGAGUUGUCUUCGGAACAUUUCAAAUCGGAUCACUGAACUUUUUCAGAUGCCAGCGUUGAUGUCGAGGGGUUCACUCAUGAUACGGAAUCCGAAGUGCUCACCAUCCCUCUGGAUCCUCCGUCGACUCCGGAAUCCACUGAAAACGGAUUCUACAUCGCUCUGGAGUACACUGGCGCCAUCGGAGCACUAGGAGAGACGGGAGGAAUCUUCGCGGUCGACGAGACGACGUUGGAAGCCAAUUUAAGAGAUGGAAAUGCGCACAGAGUGUUCCCAAGCUAUCAAGGAGGAGUUUACACUAAGUUCUGGCUGACGGUCAUCACGGAUGAGAGAACGAGAGUGGAGUCGAAUUUGGUUCGUAUCAUUACAGUGAACUAAAUGAAAAUCGUAUUGCAGGACGACGCCGGUCACCAAGAUUUCGAUGGAAAAGUUAAGAACAACUUUAGCGCUGACCAAAUCUCGAUCGAAGACGUUGCGUUCCGCGUGACACCAAUUGUUGAUAUGGAAUAG